UUGGCAAACAGUAUCCUAUCAAUAAAUUCUAGUUUCUUUUCUCUCCAUUCUACCUUAAAUUUAACAUCCGAGAGAAGAAGUAGGAUCUAAACAAGAAAAAAAAAAAUGAAAACCCUAAUAAUAUGGUGCCUUGUCUCUCAAGCAAUCAUCCUAACGUGCAACUCAGGUGGCUCAGGAGGAGGAGGAGGAGACGUCGACUUCACCAUACUCAUAAAAAACGAAAUGCACAAGUUAAAAAAACCUGCAGUUUUCUACCAUUGCGUAUCGUCAAAGAAAGACAUGGGAUGGCACAGAUCGGUACCGUCCACCGAGUAUCGUUGGAACUUCAAAGUUCCAAAGUUCGGUACCGGCGUGAUGGUCCACAAAUGCGAGUUCAGGUCGAGGCUAGGAACAGCGAACGUUGAGAUCAAGACGGUGUCUACCACAGCGAUUCUGUGCGACGGGCAUGUAUGCGAAUACGCGGUUAGACGUAACGGGAUUUAUUUCAUUGGCCACGAGCUGUAUUAUCCGUUUGGAGUGUUUAUAGAAUUGUCGAGGCCUGUGGAGAAGCUAGUCGGGCCGUGGAAGCCUUGGUCACCGCAACAGCUGAAAGCUUUGCACCGUAGCAAGGACUUCCAUCAUUAAUCUAAUCUCCGUGCACCUAAAAGAACAUCUAAUCUCCGUGCACCACUAAAAGAACAUCGAUUAGACCGGAUGAAUUUAGUAGAUAAUUAAAUACUUGAUAGUGUAUUUUCUAAGUUUUUUUAUUUGUUUUCUGUGUUUGAUUCGCAUUUGUUCACAAAUGUAUUAACAAAAAAUGAUCAUAUCCCUAUAUACUAAAGCA